AUGUUUCCGACUCUACUCAGGCGUAUGGCGUCUCCUGCCAAGGAGAACCUCCUGAAGAAGGCUCCUUUGUCUGUGGCAAAUAACCCAUAUCAGGCUCGCAAAGUGUGGCCUCCCAACUUCAAGCAACUCACUGUCCAGCAACAACUUCGCUUUGAGAAGAAGUAUAAGCGUCGCAUUAUCCUGGCAAGUCGGGCACCACGAUGGAUCAAGUUUGUCAAGAGCGCUCAGCUUGUGACGAUUGUCGCUGCCCUAGUCUGGAUCUUCUUCUACUCCGAGUUCGAGUGGUGGGGCCAGAAGUAUAAGCCUUCUGAAGAGAUUCGACGAAAGACGCAAUAUCUCUUUGGCACUGUUGACCCUGAGAAGCGAUACGAACGACGAGCGGAUGCGCCGCCUUUUGCACCUCCCAAGGAUGAGCCAGAGUCAAAAUAG